GGGCUGGGCAGGUUCCCUGCGGCCCCCAGAAUGCUCCUCCUGCUGACCGCACUUCAGAUCUUGGCUGUAGCCAUGGUGCAGAGCCAAGAGGAUAACAAAAUAAUUGGUGGCUACCCAUGCAUCCAGCACUCCCAGCCGUGGCAGGCAGCCCUGCUGGCAGGUGUCACGCGUCGCUUCCUCUGUGGAGGGGCCCUGCUGUCAGACCAGUGGGUCAUCACUGCCGCUCACUGCUCCCGCGUGAUCCUUCGGGUAGCUCUGGGCAAGCACAACCUGAAGAAGUAUGAAGCCACCCAGCAGGUGCUGCGCGUGGUUCGCCAGGUGCCACACCCCCAGUACAACUCCAGGACCCACAACAACGACUUGAUGCUGCUGCAGCUGCAGAGGCCGGCUCGCCUGGGGAGCGCGGUGAGGCCCAUCUCUGUGGCCCAGAACUGCGCCAGCGCACAGACUCCCUGCCGCGUGUCCGGCUGGGGCACCACGUCCAGCCCCAUUGCCAGGUACCCCAGCUCUCUUCAGUGUGUGAACGUCAGCAUCGUCUCUGAUCAGAAAUGUCAGCAGGCAUAUUCCGGAGCCAUCACUCCAGGCAUGGUCUGUGCAGGAGUCCCAGAAGGCGGGAAGGACUCUUGUCAGGGAGACUCUGGGGGACCCCUGGUGUGCAGAGGACAGCUCCAGGGCCUCGUGUCCUGGGGGAUGGAGCGCUGUGCCCUGCCUGGCUACCCGGGAGUCUACACCAACCUCUGCAAGUACUAUAACUGGAUCCAGCAAACCAUGCAGAGCACAUGA